AUGGCUUCUCAAAGGGAUGAGCGUGAGAUGAAAGCUUCUCCAGGAGGAGAUCCGUCAAGCGAUCUGGCAAGUCGUGUCUCUGUGGGUGGGGACAAGGAUGGUGAAGAUGACAGGCGAACGGACAAGCUAGAGCAGGUGAAGGAGUGGAAGAACCGUCUUGAUGAGUUUAUGUCGUAUACUCACACGGUACUUAACGACGUACUUGGCGAUACUCGGCCGGAUGCGACCUCGGAGUUGAGUAGCCGACCGGUAAAUUCUCCGUCAGGUAACGGUGGUAGUUGUUGCAGCCCUCAACAGCACACGCUUGGUGCCGAUCCGCCAUCAAUACAGAGCUCUUCGCAAACCGCCCAGAAAAUAGACGGGGGACCAAAAUGUGCAUGUAAAUCGCCUAACAUAACGAAUGUUGACAAAGCGGCAUACCAUGCGUUGACCGAGCCUCCCCGAAACGUCAAGGAGUGCAUGGACUGGUUGAUAGCCCUGAAGGGGAAGGAUCCUGAGAAGAACUUGAAGGCCUUGGGUGAGGCAGUCUACAAAUUUCUCGCAGACAAGCCGGUUGGCAAGAUGCAAGUGCCAGCUCUAGAGAAUGUGAAACUUAUUUCUAAAGAGUUCCUGCAGCAACCAAAACUCAAGUACCGGUGGCACUCACGAAGGGUUUUGAGGAAAUUGAAUAAACGUGUGAAUACAAAAUACUGCUGGUUCGCAAAAUUUUUCACUUUCCACAAAAGCAAUUAUGAGAACAUAAUACAGACCAAGGGUCUCACUGCUAUAGACAUCUCAGACAAAUUAGGUGACGUUGUGAGUGGUUGUGAGAAGUUCUUGAAAUGUAUCAAAAACCCCGGUCAGUACAAGUCGGCUUACUGUCCAGAAGCUACGUGGGAAUCUUCAUGCGCGAAGAACCCUGAAGCUUGCGCAGUCGUCCUCGUGGGUAUUGGACCAAUGUUAUACACAGGCCUAUUUUCUUUGAUGAUAGACUGCGAAACUGCGUUUAUUGCGAGGCUAAACUUUUACGUGAUUUAUCGUAUGCGAGAGCUGGUGAAAGCGCUGGGUUUCGUAAUGCCGGAAUGUCGCGCUAGCCCCAAUCUUGUAGAUGUAGACAGGGCGUUGACCCGUUUAGAUGAUGAUGAAUUGCACACAGUAUACGACCUCUCUGGCUUUUGGGCCUUCUACUGA